AUGACCUUAGUUUACUUUUCAACAUGUUUGGUAUGUGUUUUAGGAAUUAAUUAUGAGCAAAUAAAACACUCUUGUUUUAAUUUAUCUAAAUUUACAUUUAUGACAUCUGGAGCCUGUCAAUCAAUUGCAAAUAAGAAUAAUUGUUCAUCCUAUCAAUAUACAGCCGAAUUAAUUCCAUUGAUACAUUCCUUUUUAAAUUUAAAACAAUUAAGGUUAAAUAUCACAGGGAAUAACAGCAAUGAUAUUGAUCUAUUAAAUGGUCGUUAUAUAAAACAAAGAAUUUUAAUUGAUGAUUUUAAAUUUCAUAUUUGCUUAACUACUAGUGAUAUUGAUCGCUCUAAAAACAUUAUUUUAUCAACAUGGGAUUCAUUUUCGGUUGGUUUACAUAAAAUAAACGUUCUCAAGUCAUUAAGAUAUUAUUUAUUUUCAUUUCCAUAUGAAUUUGAAACCUUACUACUAUCAUCAAAGUUUUUAGAAUAUAAAACUAAUAGUGAUAAUAAUAAUUUAGUUGAAACUUGGAAAAAUGUAAAACAUAUUAUUUUUGGUCCUGAUCUUUCGCCAUAUUCAUCAAAUAUAUUUAGUUAUAUUAAAAAUUUCUUUAUGAAUGUGAAUGAAAUAACAAUUUAUCUUGUAUUUUCAUUAGAUAAUUUUGAUUUAAAUAAUAAUCGAUAUAAAGAACAAAUAUGUGAGCGUAUUGAAAUAUUAAAUAUGCAUUAUAUAAACAAUACUUUAUUAUGGAAAUAUUUAAUAUUAUUAAUGCCAAACAUUAAGGAAUUAAAAUUACCAACUUAUGAAAACCUAUUAGAAAUAACAAAUAAUUUUUAUGAUAUCGAUUUAUUUCAAAUAUUUAAGAAAAUUCGAAUUUUAAAAUUUCUUUUUGAUAAUAAUGAAAUAGUUGUUAAACCAAAAGAAUUUUAUGAUUAUUUAUUAGAAAUAAAAAAUUUCUAG